AUGGCGUCAUCUUCUAGAAGGCCGACGGCUCUCCGGCGGUCCGGUCCUCUGUACAUCUCCACCGCCUCAGAUCCGUCGCCGUUCACGUCGGCAUCGACCCCCACGUUUGCUUCCUCAACCAGCUACUACUCCACCACCUCCUCCUCCACGUCCCCCUCGGCCGGUUUCUUCGGCCACCGCCGCUCGGCGUCUCCCACGCGCGUCAGCCUCCACGCGCUGUCCCCGCUGCCGCCCACGCCGUCCGUCCGUUUCGCCAUAGACAGAUCCAUCUCCCCGCGGCGUUCGAUUGCGGCGGUGCCUUCCAGUCAGAUCGUCCGGGGCGGCGGCGCCGGUGUCCCGAAGAGGACGUGCCUGUGCUCGCCGACGACGCACCCGGGGUCGUUCCGAUGUGCUCUGCACAAGAACAGCUUCGGCGGCGGCGCCAGCCGGAACAAUAACUCGGUGCGGUACUCCCCGACCCGGCUCAACAUGAGGAGGUCGGCGAUGACGAAUUCUCUGGUGCGGAUCGGCACGGUAGAGGGAGAUCUGGUGAAGCGAGCUCUGGCGGCCCUGAUCCGCCCCUCCUCGCACCAGCAGCGCCGCCGGGAGGACUUCCGGCCCCAUUUCUCUUCCUCCGCGGCGGAGGUGCUCCGAUCUACUCGAAGGCUGUGUGAGUUCAGGUGUCCGGCGGCUUUUUUGUACACCGGCGCAUUUGGAUCAAUUGCCCGCGUGUUUUGCCAUUUGUGUAGUUCUGUUCAGAUCAAUUAUCCGUCCACUGUGUGCCGCCGUUUUCCGUUCUCUGUCGCCGUUGCCGUUAUCUGUGUAUGGAUUCAUUUCGUCUCUUUCCAGUAG